AUGGCGACUCUCAAGCCUCCAACAAAUACCCACCGCUCCUCAUCUUCCUCUCACAGCUCCGGUCCACCGAAAGCGCCCCUAAAAGCCGACUCAACAGCCACAAUCGCCGACACUGUCGUGUUCCAAGGCCGAUACCUCGUCACCAUCGGCGCAGGGACAGUCAUCCACCCCCGCGCGAAGUUCUACGCAUACGAAGGCCCCAUCGUUGUUGACGAUGGCUGCAUAAUCUGUGAGAAAGCGGUAAUCGGCGCUGCGCCAACCUCAUCUCGUUCGCCGUCACCGUCCAGACCAGCAAGCACAUCCACAAGCACAUCACCCACCGAAUCUGGGGCGUCCACGCCCGAGCCUGGAAAAGAGACAUCGACUCGGAUCUCAUACUUCGCUACUGUCGGCCCGUUGACGACUGUCGAACCCGGUGCUCAUAUUCAUCCUUCUGCGACGAUCGAGGCUCUGGCGACGAUUCGCCGGGGUGCGGAUAUAGGUGCGCACUCGAAGGUUUGUUCCGGGUGUGAGAUUGCCGCAGGUGGAUCCGUGGCGGAGUGGGUUGUUGUGUACGGUCAGGGCCCGGGAAUGCGGAGGAAGAGAGCUCGUGGUGUGAAGGGCAUCAGUCCGGCUGUUGUGGGUGCGGCGCAGGUUGCGCAGACACCUCUUCCUGGUCCUGCGCCGGCGGGUAAAGUCAUUGAGGAUGCGAGGUUGAUGGUCUUACAGAAGGAGAGGGAGGCACUUGGGAGAAUGCUUGUUCCUGCUGCUGGGGGGAGGAAGAAGUGA